AUGGAAGAAAACAUCAACAGGGAACGUGAGCAGAGAAAGAGAGAACAAGAAACAAGAGAACAAGAGGAGAAGAGAAGAAAAGAGGAGGAAGAAGAACAGAAACAGAAGUGGGAACAAGAACGAGAAGCUUUGGAGAAAAAAAUCUGCUCAGAAUCAGAAGAAAAGGAAGAAAUUGACAGAAAACUGGAACAGAGCAGAAAAGAGAUGGAAGCUAAACGAGAAGACUGGGAGAGAGAACGGAAAGAGUGGUGGGAUAAGAGACAUAAAGAAGAUGAAGAGAGACGUAAAGAGGAAGAAAUGAGGCUGAGAAAGCUUGAAGAUGAACUCGAACUGGAGAAAGAAAAAUAUGAAAAGAAAAGAAAAGAAGAUCAAAUGAGAAGAGAACAGGAUGAGAAAGAAAAACAACUUCUGGAAGAAAAAUAUAAGAAAGAAAUGGAAGACAUGAAGAAUGAAUAUGAAUUAGAGGCCAGAAAAAAAGCUGAAGAAUUCAAUGACUUCCAAAAAUUUCUGAUGGAAAAACACAACGAGGAACUGAAGGAUCUGACAGAGAAACAUAAAAAAGAAAUAAAAACGGCAGAAGAGAUACACAAAAGUGACUAUAAACUUUUAGAGGACUUCACAUCUCUGAAAGAAAAGGGCCUCAAAGACGAUGUGGCAGCAAGGGAAGCAAAAGUGAAGGAACUAAAUAAGUUGAAAAAAAGGCAGGAGGAAGAACUGAAGAAGUUAAAAGAGAAAUGGGUGGUGAAUUACUGCACCACCAGCUGA